AUGUCAUUUUCAUCUUCCUCAUCGUUUUCAUCAUCGACGUCAUUGGUGGUGGGCAUUCAUUCCCGAUCAGGACUUUGUUCUUCUUUCCUAUCCACCAUUCGUAUGACCAAUUUUACGAGUGCAACAACUCUGAUCGUACUGACCUUUAUGGUUACAUUGGUUGCAGCCACGGCUGGUUAUUAUUUACGAUCUACCUCCAUGUUGGGAAUAUUGAAUCCAGCCUAUUUUUGUGCGAGAUGUGAAUUUCCAAAUGAUACACCUUCUUCUAUAACGUUGAAGGAUAAUUUGAAUGAAAAUGUUAGGAAUGGUCUCUAUGACUGGAAUGCUAGGCCAGCGGUCAUUUAUUUUGUGACUGGACAAGAUGUGGAUUUGCAAACUAUUGAGGUAUUGAUUGAAUAUCCAAUUAAGGAUACAAUUUUAGUGCUUUCAUCUGAGUUGAGUGUCAAGUAUCGAUUGAAAUUUAAUGGAGAUUCGGCAACAACGGUGGUGAAUCGAUUGAAGAAAAUUAUUGUCAACUCGCCAACCUAUAACAAAAUAGAAAUGGUGAAUUUUGGUGAUGUGAAAACAAAUGUCACCUAUUUAUGCGAUGAAUCUUCGUGCUCAUCCCCAGCCUUCCGAGUUUCUAAAUCGUAUGUUUGGGCAAGUGGUGGCUCGCAACUACAAGAAUUGAUGGCCCCCAUAGUUGGCCAGAAUUACACGACCUUUCUUGGAUGUGAACGUACCCAAUCAUUGAUACUUGGUCAAUAUGGCCAAGGUACGCAGUGUAGUGGUACCAGUGUGUUGCUUUUGUCUAGCUGUGGUUCUUGGAGUUUUACGAAUUUGUAUCCAAGCGUGCCUUAA